AUGGCUGGGCUGGUGCUCUACGCGCUCGCCGCUCUGGGCAGCGCCGUCCUCUUGUACGCCGGGUACACCAUCUGGGACUUUGUCGCUCUUCACUUCGUCCUCCCAGCGCGUCCCCUGCACUCCUACCGUCGCAGCGGCCCCGAACCGACCUACGCGCUCAUUACGGGUGCCAGCGCGGGCAUCGGCUUCGGCGUCGCAUUGGAGCUCGUCCGCAAUGGCUUCGGCGUGAUUCUGCUAGGGCACCUACCGGAUGAGCUGGCCGCGGCAAAGGGGACGCUCGAGGAGGCGUCUCCCGGCGCGGCGGUGCGCACCGUGGUCAUGGACGCGAGGACUGCCACGCCCACCGCCAUGGAGGAGCUUGUCCGCUCUCUUGACACCGAGUCGCUGCAGGUGUCCAUCCUGAUCAACAACGUCGGCGGCAAUCCGAUCGAGCUUCCUCCGCUCCGUAACCUGUCCACCUACUCCUGCGCGGACGUCGACAUCGUCAUCGCCCAGAACGCGCGCUUCAUGGCCCGCCUCACCGCCCUCAUGCUCCCCCUGCUAAGCCGCACGCCGUCCCGCCCCGGCGAGCGGUCGCUGAUCCUCAACAUGAGCUCGGCCGGGCACGUGGGGACGCCCUAUCUCGCCAUGUACGGUGCCACCAAGGGCUUCAACCUGUCCUUCAGCCGCGGCGUCGCCCGCGAGCUGAGCAUCAACCGCGCGACGCAGCACGUCGACUGCCUGGCCAUCAUCCCCGGCGACGUGCUCUCCCAGGGAAACAGCCGCGGCGUGACGCCCAACGCGCCCCGAUGGGACUCGUACGGACGGUGCCUCGUGCGCACGGUGGACGGCGCGGUGCGCCGCGGGAUGAGGGACUUGAGCCCCUACUGGAAGCACGACCUGGAGCAGAGGAUCAUGCCAUGGUUGGAUGAGGCGACGCUGACGACGGAGGUGACAAAGGUGAUUCGGCGGAAAAAAGAUGCGUGGGAUGAGUACUUUGACAAGACGCGGUAG